AUGCAUCGCGUGCUGAGUGCCUUGGCGGUUUUGUCAGUGGCUUCUGGAGUUGCCACAGACGACUGCUCCCUGCUUCAAGUUGAUACACAGGGCCGCUCCAAGGAAAGCAAAGAACGCUUGCAGACUGAUGUGCAUGGUUGGAAGAGAUCGAAGAUGAAGGGAAAGCAUCAGGUCCUCAUCCCGAAGCCCCUCGUGCAUUCGAGUGGAGAUGCGGAGCUUCAUCUUACACCUGAGUUGCUAAGCAUGCUGAGAGAAGUCGCGGAAGCUCAAGGUCCGGAGUGCCUACACAUCGUUGAAGCCCAGUUCCUUUCGCGCUUGCCAGGCUUGCCAACUGAAUUUAAUCACAAGCGAGAAGAGGAGCUAGUUGAAACAUCGAUGGAGCUUCGGAAGACCUUCAAAGUAAGCUUCCAUCACCCGAUUGAACUUUGGAAGGGCCGGGAGUCGUGGCAGCCAAUCCGUGAGAGGAAUGAGAGUUAUGGCCUCUUUGUCAGUCCUCAUGGCAUAGGGAUCGACGCUCAUACUCCAUGGGGGCUUGCCAAUGCUAUGUCGACUUUGUAUCAACUCCUGGCAAUCAAAAUAUCGGAUGAAGGGGUUCGUAUCACGAUACCGGGCUGCCCACAUGAAAUCCAAGAUCGACCAGCCUACGUGCACCGGGGCUUCCUGUUGGACGUCUCGCGGCAAUGGUAUUCCAUUCCUUGGAUCAAAGAGCUGGUCAGUGUGCUUGCAGAGUUCAAACUGAAUGUGCUGCACCUGCAUCUUACCGACACGGCUUCUUGGCCGCUCGAAGUGGAUGGCUACCCGGAGGUUGCACGACACCUUGCUUACCGUGACAACAACGGGAGACCAUUGACAUACUCGCGUCAUGAUAUCCGUGAGCUCGUCGAAUUCGCACGUGUUCGAGGCGUGUCGAUUAUGCCGGAGAUUGAUGGGCCAAUGCAUGCACCUGCGCUGGCUUCAGGUGAUCCCCUCCACUUGACAGUGGCUGCAACGGUAGAGUACUCUACACAACAGUUUGCAGUUGAACCGCCACCAGGAACUUGGAACAUCUCCGAUGCUCGAGCACUGAAUUUCGUACGGCGAGCAUUGCAGCAGGUAGAAGAGGAUUUCUCGACUUCGCCUUUCUUGCAUAUUGGAGGAGACGAGCCCGUGGCUGCAUCCCUUUGCACGCUGCUCCCAGAGCCUGAAACAAAGAAGUGCCUGGAUCAGUGCAAGGUCCCCUGGACAAAGGGUUGUGAGCCCGUGCCCGUGAAACCAACGGACGCAAAUCAGACUUACUGGUUCCCAGAGGUGUUAAACGCAAAGGUCCAAGACUACUUCGACUCCGUGGACCCUGCGCCCGCCCAAAUUCCAAGGGCUGUCUGGUCAGGAGCCGUUUCGGACUGUGGCGUUCAAUUGCCAUGUACCCGUCUGAAGACAAAGUCGGCGCUGCAGUUGUGGGAAUUCCCAACAGAUGCAUCCGGCCGGCCCAUGUUGUCUGAACAAGACUGUGAGAAGUAUGACCUCAUACAAAGUGCCGCUACAUAUCCGGAAGGCGGUUCGCAAUAUGGCUGGCUGUACAUGGACUGCGGUUCUGGCGCGAACUGGGCAUCAAUGUCGCCGAAUUAUUGGUGUCCUCGUGCUUCAUGGGCAGCACUUUACUCACUGAAUGUUACGCAAGGAUAUGGGCCAAUACACACGCCUGCCUGUCAAAAGGCUUUCCUCGGCGGUGAGAUGGCGCUGUGGUCUGAGAUAGGAGGCAUGGGCAAUGCCAUGAGCUUGAUCUUUCCCCGUGCGGUCGCCUUUGCUGAACGCAUGUGGAGCAAUCCCAAAGGCUUGCAAGUGGAGGAAAUGAAGGGUGGUACCCCUCCCGGCUGGUAUUGGGAGGCACAUCUCCGGGAUGCCAUGGAGAGGCUGAAUACCGUGGUGUCAAACUUGGAAAUGCUGCACAUCGGGGUGAGCUGUGGACUGGCACAUGCAGAGGAUGUCAGAAAUCAGGCAGGUCGAUCGCUUUUCUUUUUCGUCGACGCGGCCGGUGGGGAGUUUCCUUGCCCCAUGUGCCGAUCUGUGGCGAACUGCUUGAUCCCCUGCGUGCCUGACGAGGAGUUCCUCGACUCCGGGGAUGCAUCUUGGCAACCGGAGGUCACGCACGCAGUCUCGGCUCCCAGCCGAGUGCGGCCGCCACUUCCCGCCUUGCAGUCUGCUCUGCGUGCAUGCGCGGGACGGGCGAGCAGGGCAGAACCGGAGGCUAGCCCCGAGCAGAAUGAAGGCCAGCUCGACGACAGCCAAGCAGCGCUGUCAGUGCCGUUGCUUCGUGCAGCUGCCGCGGAGCUGCGGGGAGCGGCAGCUCUGUUCCCUUUACAGCUGAUGGACGAAGGGCCCCCUGCGCCGCUCUACGCGGCGCUCUUCAGGUCGGCCGCUCUGCUGAGGUCCGGUGCUGCAACAGUAGCACCAAAGCUGGAGGACAACGGUUGGCAGUCCCAGGUUCUCGGGUGGUUGUCUCAGCCGCGGGAACCGUGGUUGCUGGACUUGAAGGUCAAAGCUACGGAAGCAAUGGUGGUUCAUACGGGCAUGCAUCUGACCGUGGUAGCUUGCCCAGCUUCGCUUGGUGAGGAUGCGCAGCGUGUGCGGCUUCAAGGCCUGCGCACAUGUAGGUGCGACGUCGUGUUCUAUGCGGUUGACUCGUCGAUGUUGGAGCUAGAAAGCUACACGGAGUGCCAACGCUUCAGUUCGACGCCUGACCUCCAGCAUGCCAUCGUGGCGUUUCAAGAAACGUGGGAUGCAUGCUUCGCCCCUGCUCUCCGAUGUGAGGCGCUGCAGCACGUGAUGGAUCUGCCGCUCUCGCCGAGCAGCCGACGCUUUCUGUGGAAUAGUGUUGUGCGCCUUGGAAGCAAGCCGUUGCAAAUGUCGGUGACCAGAAACCGACCAGUGCCCAGCAGUCACCGGCAGAUUGUUCCUGACUUCUUGACACGGGAGGAGUGUCACGUCCUCAUGGAUGCCGCUGACCGGGCUGCUUCUGUGGGCACCAGAGCUGGAAACUUUUAUGCGUACCAGGGCAACAUGAACCGAUUCCUGGCUGCAACUUGGAGUCUCUGCAAUCGAAGGAAAUGCUGCCCAAAAUGCUAG